AUUAAGACAAUCUUGGGCCAUUUAAAAUAUGGCGAUUGUCCACCGUCACAAUUAAUCUCGAAAUUUCUUUAUAAAAGUGCAAUAAAGGGCCUUACUUUUGUAGCAAAGCAAAUCAGCAUCAAUUUUAAGGAUGUGUUUUUUGUACCGCCCAAGCCGGUGAGACAAGACAACACUGCGCAUGCGCGCCAAGAUCGCGGUUUGGAGCGGCAACAUUUGUAUUUUCAAUUUCAAUUCGCUCCUUGCGUUCGAACGAACUGUGUACGGCGCUCGUUAGCGACGAAAAAUAAACGAACACAAUGAACAUUUCACUGCUGUUUGUGGGAUUCUGCAUAGUUUGCGCUAAUUCUCUGGACAUAAACGAAAUCGUAAUCAUCAUUUCGAGUCAGUCCAAUCGUCACCACGAAGCAUUAGCCGAAGACCUUAAAAGCGACAUAAUCCAACAAUCCCAUAUCUUAAACAAGGAUGCACCAAUCGUCCAUCUGACUCACAUCGACUUUCCGGACGUCGUCGGUGCCUGGACGAUACUACCUCUCAUACCGUACCUAAGAAAGUUACAUCACGGAAAUUGCUCGUGGUUUUUCUUCAUGGAGGACAAGACACGAAUUCGAUUAGGCGAGCUUUUAGAGCUUUUAAAUGGGUACGAUUACACUCAGGAGAUGUGGUUGGGUCACGCGAUCAGAGACAGAGAGGCGACGAUCAUUCAUCACUUUCAGUUCUUUGAGGAUCCCCAACGGUUCGCGUACCCAAACGCCGCGUCGGGAUUCGCGAUCAGCGCCGGCUUGAUGAAGAGAUUAGAAGUCCAGUGGGGCCGGAGGAAAACAUCCUCGGCAGAUUUCAGCAUUGAUUACGCCUACGAACUGGCACUCUUCAUUUGGAACGACAAGAAAGGCACCGAACUCACCCACGCACCGCGCUUGUGUAGGAGCGCGAAAGGCAACUGUGCCACUUACAGCACUUCCUUCCAGCACUGCGAAACGUCGGUGCCGAAGACUUCGAUUUAUUUCGCCGUGAAAACAUGCGGGAAGUUCCACGGGGAUAGAGUCACGGUGGUGAAAGGAACUUGGGGUAAAUACGCGGAGAUAAUUAGAUACUUUAGUGACGUCGAAGACGAGGCGAUACCCACAAUUUCGUUAGGAAUUCCAAAUACGGAGCAAGGGCACUGCGGAAAAACUAUAGCGAUACUCCAAUACGUCGCUAACGAAAUUGAGAAUCGACCCGAGAUUAAAUGGAUUAUCAUCGCAGACGACGAUACUAUUUUGAGUGUUGCUCGUAUCCAAAAGUUUCUGUCGUGCUACAACGACUCGGAACAAAUCGUGUUGGGUGAACGUUACGGUUUUAACGUAUACAAUGAGGACGGUUACAAUUACAUCACAGGCGGAGGUGGUAUUAUCUUCAGCCGUGGUUCGAUGCAGAAUGUAGUUAAUUCGAAUAUGUGUAAAUGUCCGUCGAUUUCGAGUCCCGAUGACAUGUUUCUGGGGGUUUGUUUCCGACGCCUUAAGAUUGAAGUGAUACACUCGUCACUUUUUCACCAGGCGAGGCCGGUCGAUUACGCGCCCGAGUAUCUAAAAGACGAAAACGUUGUAUCAUUUCACAAACAUUGGAUGAUCGAUCCAUUUGCAGUGUACAACCAGUGGUUUCAGCAGGAAGACACCCAAAUGCAUAACGAACUGUGAUUAACAUUUUUAAGUAUUAAUAUCCUGUUUUUAUGGAAAUAUAUCUCAGAAGAUUUUCAGUGAAA